GGUUCCAGCUCAAUCCAACCCAAUUUAACAAUGAAUUGUUUGUUACCGCCUUCCCCCACGAACCUCUCUAUAAAUACUCCUCAUCUGCCUUCUCUAUUAUUUCAAUUUCAUCCUUCUUUCUUUCCUUCCUUCCUCCUCUCAUCUCGCUCAGCGCUCUCGAUUCUUGGUUGUUCGGUUUCGUGCAAGUUUCCAUCCAAACAAGGUUCAUGGUUGAAUUAGAUUUCCAGAUCCCAUCUGCGUUUGAUCCAUUUGCCGACGCCAAAGAUUCGGAUGCCCCCGGAACGAAAGAGUAUGUUCAUAUUCGCGUCCAGCAAAGGAACGGCAAGAAGUGCUUGACAACAGUUCAAGGUCUGAAAAAAGAGUUCAGUUACGAGAAGAUUCUCAAAGACGUGAAGAAGGAAUUCUGCUGUAAUGGUAACGUUGUGCAAGACAAAGAAUUGGGGAAGAUAAUUCAACUUCAGGGUGAUCAACGCAAGAACGUCUCUCAGUUUCUUGUUCAGGCUGGUCUUGUCAAGAAAGAUCAGAUCAAGAUCCAUGGAUUUUAAGCAACCUUCUGCUUGAUGUUUUAUCUUAUGCUGUUGAAUUGGAAGUAUUGAACGAGUCUUGUAUGUUUUUUUCUUUCGAUAUCUUUUUCUUUUUCAAUGGAUUAUAUGUUGGUGUGUGAUGAUGGGAACUUACUAUCAAUGAAGCGUUUGAUUUUGAGUA